AUGUUUACAUUGCCAAACUCUACUUUUCUACAUAAUUCAUUUUCUGCCAGCAACGAGUCUCUGCCAGACUCUGCCAGCAACGAGUCUCUGCCAGACUCUGCCAGCAACGAGCCUCUGCCAGCAACCCGGGAUCUACCAGCCAGCAGCCCAGUCUCUGCCAGCAACCAGGCUCUGCCACAACCCAUCUGCCAGCAACCCGUUCUCCGCCAGCAACGAAGAAAUCGCCGAAGAAACCCUCCACUUUACGCGGAUGGGGGCCAUUGCGGCCGUUUUAAACAAUAUACCAGCGUUUGGGACGAUUAUUCUCAUGUGUUUUCCGGCGCGAGGGAGAUGAGGAGGCGCGAUCGGGCCCACGGGGCCGAGCAGGGUGCCCUCCUGCCCCUGUACCAUGCUGCGCCGUCCGUCCCUGCCGGGGCCGUUCCUGCCGCUUCCUCCACUCGCCGCCGCCAGGUGGCCAGCGAGGGCCACGAGGAGGUGUAA